UUUGUGAAGCAGUGACCUGGUGAAGUUGACAACAGAUGGUUAAAUAGUUGAUAAAUACCCUCCGAGGCAUGCUUGGUGCAAACGUGUUGUUUUUACGAAAUAGAAAGCGUCUAACUCUGCGCCUGUCCGCCGGGGAAACGAUACGUGAGCACUUCCUGGGGCAUGUUGGCUCAAGACUGCUGGGAAACAUAAACAAUCAUUCUCAAUGCAAGAGAAUGAAAUGAAGCCGAAACGCAUCCAGAGACACACAGGACCCAAAUGGCCAGGGAAAGGGGUCAGCACAGGAGAGAAGGCCAUGCUGAGCCAAGCAAAGCCAACAUGUGUGUCCUCUUCUGCUCAAGCAAAACCUUUUGCUGGGAAAGUGUUUUACCUGGACCUGCCAUCAAACAGGAUAGCAGAGACAUUGGAGAGGGACAUCAAAGACCUGGGAGGGACUGUUGAAAAGUUCUUCAGUAAGGAUAUUAAAUAUCUGGUAUCCAACAAGAGGGAGGCUAGAUAUGCCCAUUGCAUCAGGCAGGACUCUCCUGUUCCCAGUCCGGUCUCUGGCCCAAGUUCACCUCACCCCCGAUCAAACCGGGACAACGUCAAAAGCAAGUCUCAGGGCCAAACAGACGCAUUUGUUCAAAGUCGAGGGAAGUCUUUGGUGGAGAAAGUUGUAAAAGAGCAGGAGAGACUGAAAAUGAACAAGAUCCUGUCAAAUGCUCUGGAGUGGGGUGUGAAAAUCCUCUACAUAGAUGAUAUAAUUGCAUAUGUUCAGAAAAAAAAGAUUGUCAGUAGCCACUGUCCUGCUGCCACUGCUGUCAAAUCAAGUGUCAAAGCUAGUUCAGCGGCAAGGCAGGGCUUUCAGAAAUGCAAAGGGGGGCGAAUCGGUAAACCUUUCAUCAAGGUGGAGGAUUCAAGCAGACACUACCGACCGAUCUACCUCACUAUGCAAAACUUACCCGAGUUUAACCUGAAGACUGUCGCUCCCUGUAGUCCAUUCUGUGUUGAGGACAAGGUUCUUCCUGGAAACAAACAGCCAGGACGCAGAGGGGGAAAAGCCUCAGCCAGUGAAGAGCUUGCAAACGGCCGAAAGAAGAUAAGAGACAAGAAACGAGGCGGCUUCUGCGAAUGCUGUAUGAUCAAAUAUGAGAACGUCACAAUGCAUCUAAAAAGUGAACGUCACAAGGCUUUCUCCAAGAGUGCCGAGUACUUGGUGGUGGACAAACUGGUUUCAACUCUGCACUGCAACUUCCACAUCAAAACAAAAGUUAAAAGACCAAAAUGCAGUGUUUCCUCUGUUCUGAUUGCUCCUGGACCAUGUGGGAAAACUGUGCAAAGACACGAGGAAGAUAUCGAUAAAACAGAGAUUAUUGAAGAAGAAGAAGAAGAAGAAGAAAAGCAUCGGACUGUCGAUGGGCAUGAGGGAUCUAACUCAUCACACCCUGUAAAAAUCACAUCAGUGACUGGUUCUGCUCCUCUGAUUCCCAGUGAGAGGAGGAGCUGUUACACUCACCUGGACAGAUCCAAGCACAAAGCUCUUGCACGUAAACGGCAGUGCAGACAGAAUUCUUUGACUUCUUGCUCUCAAAAAGCUGAGCAAGCUCCAAUUCCUGAGCCCAGGAUGGAAACGGCUCCCUCUAGAGGUGAAUGUCUUGCCUCUAUUCCCCCCAGAGUCACUCCUGUCUACAAUGUGGACCAAAAAACAACUGGAGACCAGAACAGCUCAAACUCCUGCCUUCAUGAUAUGAACGUCCAAAGUGAAGCUUCAUUAAAAUGCCUUAAUGUCAAAACAAAUCAACAAGAGGAGUCUGAUAAGAAACAGGGUUCCUCAGUGUGUGAGGCUGUUCAGGACGGAAACGUAUUGGUUGACAAAAUUACUGGAAACAACCUCUUGGAAACGGAAGAAGAAAGUCUUCCUUCACACAGCUUCUCUCCGGAGCGCAAAAUACAAAGGAGAGUGAGAGUUUAUAAACGCAAGAGACGGAAAGUGGACACGUGUGUAGAACGUGUAAAGCCGAGUGACAAUCCUGACAACUCCAUGCUGAAACUCUGGGAGCUUUUUCAGUCAACUGAUGACAUGGAUGCAGAAUUUACGGGGUUUAAGGACUAAUGUAGGGAGAAAUGAACUGGAUUAUUUUACUUGCCUUUUACAAUACUUGAAAUACGCCACAUUCUGUGCCAUGGACUGGACAAGCCACUAGAUUUUUCGUGUCACUUUGAAGACAGCGGAGUGAUCCAUAUUUUGUUUCAUCAGAUGACGGGCAGCUGCGGAUGUGUAUGUGGAUUUGGUACUUAGCUUUGUAUAAGAUAAACAACUUGAAAGAGGGUAAACCAGUUUAAUAAUUACCUUUUUUAAAGUGGCAUGCUGCAAAGGUUUAGAAACUAUUAUAUUCCCAUGAGUAAUAAUUUGACUAAAACGUAAAAGUUGUAUUGACAUCUUAAUAUCCAGUUACAUUUUUUU